UGGAGGAGGUGGAUAAAGAGAGGAGCCUGAGUUACUUCCCACUCUGCUGACUUCUGGAGAGCUUCAUGAGCAGCAGGGGUGCAAAGGAUCCAUCCUGAGGUAAAGGGAAGACCACCGUUGUCCUGUGCUGAGAGUGCUGCGGGUUGCCCUGGUAGACCGUCAUGAGCUUCAGAGCAGUGCUGCUGUCCUUCGUCCUCAUGUCUCUGAGCUGGUCCAAUGCAGCUGUCAUCACAGGAGCUUGUCAGAGAGACAUACAGUGUGAUUUUGGUACGUGCUGUGCAGUCAGUCUAUGGCUGAGGGGUCUGAGGAUAUGCGUCCCCAGAGGCAUGGAAGGGGAUGAAUGCCAUCCGCUGAGCCACAAGGUACCUUACGCAGGAAAGAGGCAGCACCACACCUGUCCCUGUUUGCCGCAAUUGGUGUGCACCAGAGUCUCUGCAAACAAGUACAGAUGCACUGACGACUACAAAAACAUGGACUUCAAAUAAACGGCCAUGCGUGCAAAUCAUGGCCGACAUUUCACUGUAAAGACUUGCACAGUUUGCGUCGCAACAACACAUGUUUCCUCUUGUAUUCUUGUGUUUCCUCACGUAAUUCAGUUGCGCAAUACUGUGUUGAAUGUAUUCACGCACACAUCAGGGAGGGAUUAAGAAGUACAACAAACGAGCCAUGGAGGACGUAAUGCACUUUGUACUAAACAGGAUGAUUGUUCGAUGAUUUUGUGAACCAUAAAUGUAUUUGCUGUUUGAUUUCCAUGCUCAAUUGAUCAUUUGCAAAUUUGAAAAAACUGUAAAGUAGUCACGCUCAAUUUACGUUGUAUCAUUAUAUCUAUAAACAAUCUUCCAACCUACAAAAUAGCCAGGUGUGGCGUCUAUAACUCCCCAAAUAUUUGCUUAUUUUUCUUGCACUAAUUAUCCGUUAGUGUGAAAGUCGAACAGUAGAUUUGUUUACACUAACUUAAUAAAUGCUGAAUGAACCGUUUGCGACUCACGUCUAUCACAG